AUGGAAUCACAAUAUACUAAACUUAUUUUACAUACAGAAGUACGAUGGCUAUCUCGUGGUAAAGUUUUGUCCAGAGUACAUGAGUUAAAAAAUGAACUUAUCGUGUUUUUUACUCUUGAAAAUGUACCCGAAUUUUGUGAAUUAUUAACGAACGAAAAAUGGUUGGAAAAACUAUCAUACUUGGCAGACAUAUUUUCACACUUAAAUCAAAUAAAUUCAAGUAUGCAAGGACCAAAUGAAAAUAUAUUAACAUCGUGUAGUAAGUUAUUUACUCUUAAAGAUAAAUUAAAAAUCUGGAAAAAACGUGUGCAAAAAAAUCAAUUUGAUAUGUUUCCUUCAUUAUCUGUAACAGAAGAAAGUUCCGAAGUUAUGACAUUUAUAAUGGAGCAUUUGACUGCCUUAGAAGAAAGUAUAGACAAGUAUUUUCCUAAUUUAGAUAUUUCCGAGUGUGAUUGGAUAAAUGAUCCAUUUGAUAAAAAUAUAUGUUUAACUGAAUUUAGCCUUGAAGAAGAAGAAGAGCUCGCUGAAAUACGAAACAAUCGAACUCUUUUAUUAAAAUACAAAAAUGUUUCAUUAAAUGAAUUUUGGAUUCAGGUUGAAAAAAUUCACGCUGAAAUUGGCAAAAAAGCUCUAAAAAUAUUACUGCAGUUUUCUACAUCAUAUUUAUGUGAACAAGGAUUUUCCACUCUUGUUAACAUAAAAUCAAAUAAACGAAUGAAAAUGGAGUUCAUUGAAGAAGAAAUGAGAGUAUGUCUUUCAACUAUUCGACCACAAAUAAAAGAUUUAUGUAAAAAAAACAAGCCCAAGUGUCACUUUAGUUCUAAUAAUAUAUAA